ACUCGCAGUAGAAUAACACCCAGAAUACAUUUCGGCGCAGCCGUUGAGUCCUGCGACACGCUCAUCGUCGCGUGAGAGUGUUUGGACUUUGUCUCACCUGUGCGCGUCAUUUACCUGCAGAACCGGCUCCGAAUCGGGCUUAACAGUUUCACCGAGGAGAGGAGAGACGGAACCGAGCCGCCAGGAUGCCGCGAAUCAUGAUCAAAGGAGGCGUGUGGCGCAACACGGAGGAUGAGAUCCUCAAGGCAGCGGUGAUGAAAUAUGGGAAGAACCAGUGGUCUCGUAUCGCGUCCCUGCUGCACCGCAAGUCUGCCAAACAGUGCAAAGCCAGAUGGUACGAGUGGUUGGAUCCGAGCAUCAAGAAGACAGAAUGGUCGAGAGAGGAGGAGGAGAAGCUGCUCCACCUGGCCAAGCUGAUGCCGACACAGUGGAGGACCAUCGCUCCCAUCAUAGGACGCACCGCCGCCCAGUGUCUGGAGCACUACGAAUACCUGCUAGACAAAGCAGCACAAAGAGACAACGAGGAGGAAGUGGGAGACGACCCCAGGAAGUUAAAACCAGGAGAGAUCGACCCAAACCCUGAGACCAAACCCGCCAGACCCGACCCGGUGGACAUGGACGAAGAUGAGCUGGAGAUGCUGUCCGAGGCCAGGGCUCGACUGGCCAACACCCAGGGCAAGAAAGCCAAGAGGAAGGCCAGAGAGAAGCAGCUGGAGGAAGCCAGACGGUUGGCGGCUCUGCAGAAGCGCAGAGAGCUGCGAGCUGCCGGCAUCGACGUUCAGAAGAAGAGGAAGAAGAAGAGAGGCGUCGACUACAACGCUGAAAUCCCCUUUGAAAAGAAACCUGCACCGGGUUUCUACGACACAAGCAUGGAGCAGUACGUCGCCCUGGAGCCGAACUUCAAGAGACUCAGGCAGCAGCACCUGGACGGAGAGCUGCGCAAUGAGCAGGAGGAGAGGGAGAGGAAGAAAGACAAGCAGAAGAUCAAGAAGAAGAAGGAGAGCGACCUCCCGUCUGCCAUCCUGCAGACGAGCGGCGUCGCCGAGUUCACCAAGAAACGCUCCAAACUGGUUUUACCGACCCCGCAGAUCAGCGACGUCGAGCUGGAGGAAGUCGUCAAACUGGGCGUCGCCAGCGAGGUCGCCCGUCAAGCCGCGGAGGAGAGCGAGAGCGGAAACUCGGCCUCCUCCGCGCUGCUGUCGGAGUACAGCGUCACCAACACCAUGGCAACGGGGCUGCGUACCCCGCGCACACCCGCGGUCCAGGACCGGAUACUGCAGGAAGCUCAGAACCUGAUGGCUCUGACCAACAUCGACACGCCGCUGAAGGGCGGCCUCAACACUCCGCUCCACGAGAGCGACUUCAGCGGAGUGACGCCUCAGCGGCAGCAGAUACAGACGCCGAACACCGUCCUCAGCACGCCGUUCAGAACUCCUGGACAAGCUCCGGGGCAAGAAGGCAUGACGCCUCAAGCAGGAGGAGGAAUGACCCCACGCGGGCCGGUGACCCCGGGUUUGACCCCCGGCCGCACGCCGCUCAGAGACAAACUGAACAUCAACAGUGAGGACCAGCUGGCUGACCCCGCCUACGCCAAACACAUGCAGAGAGAGAGCCUGCAGCAGCUGCGGCAGGGCCUGAUGUCACUUCCUGUUCCCAAGAACGACUUCGAGAUCGUUCUUCCGGAAAACGCAGAGAAAGAGCUCGAAGAGACGGAGACGGACACGGGAUUCGUCGAAGACUCUGCAGACAUCGAAGCACGCAAGCAGGCUCAGCGGGAUGCUGAAAGAGAGAAGGAGCUGAAGCUGCGACACACUGCCGUACAGAGGAAUCUCCCCAGACCCACCGAGGUGAACGAGUCCGUCCUCCGUCCCACCUCCAUGGAGCCGCUCUUGGACCUCCAGCUGGCCGAGGAGCUGAUCAAACAGGAAAUGAUCACCAUGCUGCAUCACGACUGCCUGCACCACCCGUCGGCCAACGCGGGCAGUCAGCUGCAGCGCGGCAAAAGCAGAGGCCCCGCCUCCACGUCGAACAACGCGUCGCACAUCGCGUUCCUGGAAACACACCCGUACAAACCGGUCAGCACGGAGGACAUGGAGCAGGCCAAGGCGGUGCUGGCAGCAGAGAUGGAGGUGGUGAAGGCGGGAAUGGGCCACGGUGACCUCAGCAUGGAGGCCUACAGCCAGGUGUGGGAGGAGUGUUACGGACAGGUUCUGUAUCUCCCCUCUCAGAACCGAUACACCCGAGCGAACCUGGCCUCAAAGAAAGACCGCAUCGAGAGUCUGGAGAAGAAACUAGACGUGAACCGUGGUCACAUGACCGCAGAGGCCCGCAAAGCGGCUAAACUGGAGAAGAAGCUGAAGAUCCUGCUGGGGGGGUUCCAGUCCAGAGCGCUGGGCCUCCUGAAGCAGCACAGUGAACUCUGGGAACAGGUGGAGCAGUCAGCCACGGAGCUGCAGACGUUUACUCAGCUGAAGAAACAGGAAGACACUGCCAUCCCCCGGAGACAAGAGGCUCUGCGGGAGGACGUGGAGAGGCAGAUGGAGAGAGAGCGAGAGCUUCAGCAGAGAUAUGGAGAGCUGCUGAUGGAGAGGGAGGCGCUCAUCAACAGCGCUCAGAAAUAUUGAACACACACACACAUGAAGCUAACUGUGAGAAACAAAGCCGCUCUUCUGAUUCGUCGUUACUUCUGUCAAUUUUCACAUACGCCCCGCCUACAUGUUGCUAUGACGCCACCAGCUGAGUUUGGAGCAUGCUCAGUAGUCCUUUUGUGUUUCUGUAUUAGUGACCAAUAAAGUUUCUUUUCAACGA